AAUAAAAAUAUGGCGAACGAUAAAGAUUUCGAUGAAAUGCUGAAUUCUAAUAAGACGAAAUUUAUCACAGAGGAGUCCAGGCAGACAUUGCCUACGAUAACGACGACUGACACCAACAAGAAGGUUUCAAAGCGGAGGAAGGCGCCUUCGCCUAUAAAGAUACCAAAGCAGGAGAGGAGAAGAUCAACCUCCAUAGGAUCCGCUUAUUUGGACUCUCAAUCGACUGGCGCUGACUUCCAGUCGAUAAGUUUGGAGCGUGUUGGAAUACCUACCUCGCCCGCUUUCAAUCAUGCCUGGUACAGCCCUCCAGCUGUACAGGAACCUGCCAGAAAAAGCCCUUUACCCUCACCAAAGAUCCCGAGCCCAAUGCCAUCCCCACGCAUUUCUUCUCUAGCAUUUUCUAAGGAGAAAUCACUCGAUAAGCUUGAGAGGUCAAAUACCCCUACGUCUACGCAUUCGACAGUCACUCGCAAACUUUCAAAUUUCAACCUCAGCAAUGAUGAUCCAACAACACCUGUGUUACAACAAUCACCUUCGAUUAGACUGAUUAAUGACAACGAUAGUCAGACGAAAAAUGACCAGAAUAGAAGUUUACCCCCGUUACCACCGUCACCCUCUCAUUCUGAUCUCGGUUUAAAGUGCUGGAAUCAAGAUGAAAGCUUCCUACCAAAACAAAAGCAUGCUGAGUGGUUAGGUUCACUUGGUGCAACAAACAAACAAGCGUUAUAUACAUAUAUGUCACAAUUUGACUUCUGCUCGCUGAGAUUAGACGACGCACUUCGUAAACUCACGUCCAAGCUCUUUUUACGCGCUGAAACUCAACAAAUUGACAGAAUUUUAGAAGCUUUCUCUAUUAAAUUCUUCAAUGAUAACCCACUACCACUUUACCGUAGUCCAGAUGUCGUACAUGCAAUAUCCUACUCAAUCCUCCUUCUCAAUACUGACUUGCACAUCGCUGAUAUCGUUACACACAUGUCCAGGCAUCAAUUCAUUAAGAAUACAUUAAAUGUGGUACAUAAUCAAUACGAUUCUAGAGGAUUUUCAACUCCUGAUUUGGUAGAUGAUACUUCUUCAAUCACAUCCUCAAAAACUACCAAUACGAUAAACAAAAACCAACCACAACAAAGCAUACCCCAAGGACCACCUUUGUCAUAUUACACAAGAAAGAAUAAGCUUGGUAGAAAUGGCAGUUUGUCUUCAAUUAGAUCUGGAUUAUCACCUUCAUAUAGUACUUCAACUUCUCCUUCAAGCUCCUCUUUAACUGAAGAGAAAGUUAAGAAGAGUGCUUCAUCUAUGACUAUCAGUACUAGUUAUGAAAGUCAACAACUGGAUGCUGAAUUGGAACCUUUUUUGAGAGAUAUUUACAAUAGUAUACGCUCACAAAAGAUAUUAUUACCUUUGGAUGGCAAUAAGGCAAACAACCUGUCAGUUAACACGAGUAGGCAAAGAUUGCCGCGCAAUAUGUCAUCUCCGUCUAUUAGCACUUCUUCACUCAAGCGUGGUAGUAUACGUGGUUUGUCUAGUUUGCUUGGCACCGAUGGACGCACAUCGCCGACACCGUCACUCGGUUCGGUAAUGGAGGCCCCAACUCCGUCAAUUGGAUUUGCUUCGAAUCUUUCACAAACUAUUAUUAAGGAACAGCAAGAAGAUGCGAUCUCAAACAAGUCGGCAUUGUCCGAUAACUCGGAUGCUGGCUUGAUACUCACCGAUGAGGAGCUCGCUUUGAUGGGACCUCCGUGGGCUAAGGAAGGAUUUUUACAGCGCAAGCACUACUACGAAAGUGAUGGUAAACGUUCAAAAGAUCGAAACUGGCUCGAGGUUUUCGUUGUUAUUGGUAGAGGCGAUUUAAAGAUGUUUACGUUUGGUGAAAGUGCUGGCGUACAAGGUGCACAGAGCAGUGGUGGUAUCGGUGGAGGUAAUUGGACUAAUAAUGCAAACUUGGUUGGAGAAAUCCCGUUAGCGCAUUCAGUUUCUGAUUACAUGAGAAAUGGCUACAACAGAUCGCGACCUCAUUGCUUCCAACUUAGUUUGCCAAAUGGUGGGAAGUACUACUUACAAGCUGGUACAGAGUCGUUAUUAGAUGAAUGGGUAUCGACUUGCAACUACUGGGCAUCACGUGCAUCAAAGGAGCCUCUAUCUGGUGGUGUUUCAAACAUGGAAUAUGGCUGGAAUAGUGUUAUUGGUGAAGUUGAGUCAGGCUCUUCUAUGCUCAAGCCGCAAAGAGAAGAGGAUGUUAUGAGUGUGAGAUCUAACUAUUCAAUCAACAGGUGGAAACAGCCAUUUCGUACUAACGCGGAUAAAAUGUAUAUUGAAGAUUGGAACGCACCACACUUGCCAGUAGUUUCAUCAACUUUAACAGAGGAAGAUCAACAAAGAGCUCUGCAGAAGUUCAGUGCUAGUUUGAAAAAAGAUCUACGAGUUCAUAGACAAAUAUAUGAUCGUAUGUUGCAGCAAUAUUCGACGAAGUCUUCGAAUAGAGAUAAAGCUACGCACAAUUGGAAUAAAAAGAACAAGUACUUGAUAACUGAAAUUAAAAAGUACGAUAGGUAUAUCGAUAAUCUCAAUCAAGCGAUAUCAAUGCGCAAACAAAAGCAACAUGAGAAACAGCUAGAGAAGGCAUUAGCAGAGCCAGAAUCGGAUGAGGAAGACGAAGAAGACGAUGAUGACGAUGAGGAGGAAGAGGAGGAAGAUUAGCGUUUCAGGGAGAGAAUAGUUUUAUUAUAUUUUUAGACUUUGAACACUUUUUAAUUAAUUUUUGUAUUUGAACGCUGUAUCUUAG